AUGAAUAUUCCUAAUCUUUGGGAUGUGUUCACAAGUUCGUCGAGUGUCGAUUUGGAUGCUGUACGGAAGUGGGUAGAAAAGAGAUAUAGAGCUAGGGCUGAGCUAAACUAUACUAAUAUAUUCGGUGAAACUGUUCUCUUUGGUGCUGUAAGAUCUGGUCUUGUGGAAGUCACAAAAUAUUUAGUUGAUCACGGCGCUGAUGUUAAUUGGAAAAGUCAUCUUAACACAACACCUCUCAGCCAUGCUGUACAAUCCCAUUCAUUGAACAUUGUCAAGUAUUUAGUGGAACAUGGUGCUGAUGUCAAUUGGAAAUAUCGGAAUGACCAGCCACUUCUCUGCUAUGCUGUACAAUCUCGUUCAUUAGACAUUGUCAAAUAUUUAGUAGAACAUGGUGCCCAUGUCAUUUGGAAAGAUAAAUAUGACUGGUUACUUCUCUACUAUGCCGUUCAAAUUGGCCCGAUAGCCAUGGUCAAAUAUUUAGUGGAACGUGGUGCUGAUGUCAAUUGGAAAGAUAACAACGAUCGGCCACUUCUCUACUAUGCUGUACAAUAUCACUCAUUAGACGUGGUCAAAUAUUUAGUAAAACGUGGUGCUGAUGUCAACUGGAAAGAUAAAAUUGACCAGCCACUUCUCUACUAUGCUGUACAAGAUUGCUUAUUAGACAUUCUCAAAUAUUUAGUUGACAAAGGUGCUGAUAUCAGUUGGAAAGAUAAUAUUGACCGGCCACUUCUCUACUGGGCUGUACAAGAUCGCUCAUCAUUAGACAUUGUCAAAUAUUUAGUGGAACGUGGUGCUGAUGUCAAUUGGAAAGAUAAAAACGACCAGCCACUUCUCUACUGGGCUGCACGAUAUGGCUCAUUAGACAUUGUCGAAUAUUUAGUAGAACGUGGUGCUGAUAUCAGUUGGAAAGAUAAGAAUGACCAGCCACUUCUCUACUGGGCUGUACAAAAUCGCUCAUCAUUAGACAUUGUCAAAUAUUUAGUGGAACGUGGUGGUGAUGACAAUUGGAAAGAUAAAAAUGACCAGCCACUUCUCUACUGGGCUGUACGAUAUCGCUCAUCAGACACUGUCAAAUAUUUACUGAAAUGUGGUGCUAGUGUCAAUUGGAAAGAUGAAAAUGACCAGCCACUUAUUUACUGGGCUGUAGAAUCUGGCUCAUCAGACAUUGUCAAACAUUUAGUAGAACAUGGUGCUGAUGUCAAUUGGAAAGAUGAAAAUGACCAGCCACUUAUUGACUGGGCUGUAGAAUCUGGCUCGUCAGACAUUGUCAAACAUUUAGUAGAACAUGGUGCUGCUAAAUACCUUUCAGAUUGCUUUGCAGAACCUUUCGAAAAGGGAGUUGAAAGCAGUCCUAUCUCUUUCAAGAUAGAUAUGACUCAAGUGGAUUCUGAUGGUUAUGCGAUUGGUGAUUUUGAAGGAAUUACAAUAGAAAAACCAGAAAGUGGAAGGAUUGAGAUCAGCGAUGUACUCGAAACUACCUUGUUGUGGAGAUUAACUUUAAGUGGAAAUUGGCAAAACACAAAAGAAAACGCUGCAAAUGGUAAUUUUUAA